AUGUCUAUGGAAAUUCCUACAUUGGCCAUUCCUGGUGAAAAGCGCCAGGAGUACACACCUCAACAACUCCAACAACUUCAAGAGGCUGAAAAUGAAAGACUUUUGGCUCAACAACAACACAUACAAAGUUUUGGCCACCUUCAAAAGAAGAAGGCUCCAGAAGGAUCUGCUGAAUGGUAUUUCGACCAAGGAUGUGAGUGGAUGGGAAACCACCCGUGGCUCACUGGAUUCGGUGCGCUUGGUGUUGCGUACUUUGCCGCUGGCUUUGUUAAAUCAAACCAACCUGGUAUUAACGGUAAGGCAUUUGUGAAAGGUGGAUUUGGUCAAAAAAUGAGUGCUAGAGAAGCUUUACAAAUCCUUAACUUGAAGGAAACAAACUUGUCUCAAGCCAAGUUAAAGGAACAACAUAGAAAGUUGAUGAUGGCUAACCAUCCAGAUAAGGGAGGAUCUUCAUUAUUGGCCACCAAGGUGAAUGAAGCUAAAGACUUUUUGGAAAAGAGAGGUGGUAUGAAGAAGAAAUAG